AAAUGUCAAAGUUGUCAAGUAGACAAAAAUAUUUUGGGCUGUUGCGCUGUUUGACGUCUUCAUACUUUUUCGAAAGUUUUAGUUUUGGAUUUGCAAAAUUAUCGGCCGGAAAUCAUUAACGUAAUGUUGUAAAAUCACAAAUCCAAAAUGACGGUGUUAGUGUCGUUAUUCUAUCUUCUAUUUUCGAUAUGUGUCGUCUAUCCACCCACUGAGUUCGUGUCGGCCGGCUUUACAAUAGCGCAGCUGUUCGAGGGUUUCCUGGGAUCUGAAAAUAUAAACUUCAUCGGCUAUCAUAUGAAACGGACGACAAUAACCGCCUUGAUUCAUUCUGCUUUGCCCUUGGGCUACGUUUUUACUCUGUUAUGUUCUGGGGAACGCAAUCCUUGGUUGCCCGCGGCAGCAGCAGCGACUGCCAUUAUUCCUUUAUUGAUGUGCUAUAGACUGUUGUGUUGGUGGGAAAACGGACAGGCGAAGCACCCAGUCGUGAAGUCUCUUCUGGCGUAUGUGACUCCAGGGAGUGAUUGGAGAGUGGUGGCAGCAAACCUCAAUAUUGAGUUCAGGAAUGUAGACAAGGUGUCAAUACAGCUGAAUACAACAAGUAGGUUUGUUGCCACUGAGAACUGGCUGAUCAAACUCAGCCCUUACAAACUCAAUGUUGUCAAGCAAGGAGACUGCACACUUGUUGCUACUGCGACGGACAGCCACAAUCUAACAGCAUCAGGCGAAGAUGAAGUGCAAUACGUGAACAUAGAGGCGAUACCGACCCGCGAUGAUGUGGAGCGGUUCACGUUCCGUAUAUCGACGGUGGCUCUACGGGACCUGCAGCCCCGGCUGUCGCAGCCGGUGCGAGUGCCUGACCAUAUCUCCUUGCUGCCCACGCUCAUUGAACGAUUCGUCAAUGUAUUCAAACAUUAUGUGGAACAGAACCCUGUGUAUUAUAUUGAUCAGGAGCCGGAACUGUGCAUUGGUUGCAUGCAAUACCCUGCUGACGUGAAGCUGAACCGAAGGUGUGCUGCUCCACCUCCGCAUCUAGAGGGAGGACCACCGCAGUGCCAACAGUGCAAUUGCCGCGUGCUGUGGUGCUGCUCGUGCAUGGGUCGGUGGUGGGCGGCGCGCGCGACGGGCCCGCCGGCGGGCUGGCUGGCGGGGCGCGCCAGCUGCCCCGUGUGCCGCGCGGCCUUCUGCCUGCUGGACGUGUGCCCGGCGCGCGCGCCGCCCGCGUCCUGAGCCGCGCGCCCCGCACUCGUCCUCAUCACGCUCAGCCGCUAGAGGGCGCCGUGCGGGUCGCACAUACCUUACUGGCUCUAUGUCUAUACACACGCGAGUGCAACAUGUCUCUUCUCUUUUCUUGAUGAUUUGACGCGACUGUAUUACUUCUUUGCGAAAAUGUUUUUCGUUUGGAUUACGGUUUUAAAUGA